AAAGAUAAGAAAAAGGCGCCACUAUUCGCGCUAUUAACAUAACGCAUGGCAAUACCGUUAAAUGGUGACAGAUGUUUACGCGCCAAACAACAAUGGUUGCUUGACUCGCUGCGCUAACGUUUCAUUGCGUUCCAUUUACACCAUUUUUAGAAGUCUUUUUGUGUUGUUUUUCACUAUUUAACAUCGUGUUAUUACUCUUAAUACGCUCACGGUUACUUGAACAUAUUAUUGUUUGUUAUUCGUGUGUAUUUUGAUUCAUAUAAUUAGAUUGAUCAAGAUACGUAGUCGGUUGGUCAUGUAACUCGACGCGGGUUACAUCGAGUUGGUGUUUAUUAAAAACUAUUAUAACAACGUCUAUGAUGUCUGCGGUAACUCCGCGACGUUCAUCACGGCUUCCCCACACUCACACGCCUAAAAUGAGUGAAAGAAAGAAGGGGCUGUUUCAAAGUGAAUUGGAGGCAUCGAGGGAAUCUCUGACGAGGCAUCGGAGGCUGCCGGUGGUGAACAGCGAGAGCGACAGCGAUGACUGCGACCUGGGCAUCAUGGGCACCCUGGACUCUAGCUCAGGAGACGAAGUCGACCACGGCGUGCCUAAGACGCCAGAACGCCAUUGGCAUGGCACUCGAAGCUCAAAACUGCUCAAAGAAAACCACGAUCUGAAGAGCUUCAUCAAAUCACCAUUCACUCUCAACAAGUACCACACCCGGUACUCCUGUCCGGAGAAAUGUACCGGCUCCCAGUCCACUCCGGUGACCCCGCACAUGCAGAACCACCCCGGGACACCGUCCUCCACACAUUCAUGCAACAGUGUCCAUACAACGUCCUCUACCUCAAGCAAGGCCCGGAAGAGCCUCGCAUCCUUAAUAGCUGACACGGAGAGCUGCAGCAGCUCUUUAAAGGAUCUUAACUUCGAUACGGACUCCGGUACGGACACCAAAGAAAACACACCAACGAAAACUUUAAGAAGGUCCAAUAGAACACCGAAGAUGACACCGAAACUACAAAGUUUUAAAGGUGUAUUGUUAGAACAGAGGAAGAAUGUUACGCCAACGAAUAAGAACCCAGUCGUGAGCUUGACUAAGAUGGAUUUAGGCACAAACCUGUCACCAACACAAAUGUUAAAGACUCCUCAUACUACUGAAGCUACCAUGUCACCCCCAAAGCUAAGUCACAGACGCUCUGUUGUUGAAAUAGCCGAAAGCCCUGAAUCCGGUGAAAGUGAGAUAAGCCACAAAAGACUGCGUAACAACAGCCUUACUGAGUACGGUCCUGCGUCUAAAUACCCUAAAAUCGAUGCCAAUUCGGCUCCUAAAGCUCGUCUGUCUCUUUUCAAUAGUGAUAAGUUGAAGAUAUCAGCCAAGUCUUUCUAUGGCAAUUCUAGCCCGGACUUAAAUAGCAGCUUUACAAAUAAAAUUCCUAGCGCUAUUGAUACCUCAAUAACAAUUAACCGUCGUCUCUUCUCAAGCCACCCACACAGACGCAAGAGAAAAUCAGGACAGAUAAACAUGGGAGUCCGACACAGAAUCAGAAAGCCUAAAGCGCUGAAAAACAAGAUGUUCGCUAAAGGCAACCAGUAUAUGAACAAGUCUGAUUCGGCUGUUAUAAAUAACAGCACAGUUUCAAACGUUUCGGCCAAUAAUCUGAGCAUGAAUAACGUUUCCAUGACGAGUCAAAAUUCCUCACAAGAAUUGGACAAAGAUAAAGUGGACCCUUUUGGCAAAGAGAAGUUAACCAUAGAAGCGCUCCUCAGCCAAUGGGAGGAGGAGGAUGAACCAGCACCCAGGCCUGAGCUGCCGUGCUUUAAUAGCACUGUCAUAGAGGACACUGACCCGAUCUUCCAGCCCGUUACCGCUAUACCUGUGUUGGGGCAGGCUCUGCCGCAGGACGGAGCAGUCAUUAUAGAGUUAGGUAAGGAAAUAUACCAUGUUUUGACCUGAGCUGCCAUGCUUGCUAUACCUGUGUCGAGAACGCACCCUUUUAAUUCAGUGAAGGCCACUGAGGCAGCGGAGUCAGCUGAUGUGACGAUGAUGGAACUGCACAAGACAGACCACGGUGAUGUACCGAAUGGACAGUUCCUACCAGUAGACGGCGGGUUCAUACUAGUCCAAGAUAAUGUACCUGCAGUACCCCAAGAGGAGUUGACCGACCUAGACGAGAUCGAACGCGAGCUGAAGAUGCUGGACGAGCAGAUCCUCAUGAUGACGCAACCUGAUGCACCAGCUGUACCAGCUGGAACCUCCACCGUGCCCAUCAGUGGCGGAAUGCCGACAGAUCAAGUAGAUGCAAAGUUAGAUGAAGCCACGAAACUGUUCCCCAUAUUCAGCAACCCUAACCCUGGGACUUGCACGCCUGGCUCUAAAGGUACUAAGAAGUCGCUGUCGCUAUUGAAAGACGGGAGCAACCAGUACGUGAUCGACGCGGGACAGAAACAGUUCGGCGCUACCCAGUGCACCGAGUGCGGGGUUAUAUACCAGAUCGGUGAUCCUCAGGACGAGCAUGACCAUUUGGUCCACCACAACGCCACUGAUGUCCUCAAAUUCAAUGGUUGGAAAGAAGAAUGCGUCGUCGGCAGAUGGGACGGUGCCCGCUGCAUCCGCGUGCGCGGCGGCGAGGCCAACUGGAAGCGAGUGGCAACCCUGCUCACCAGGGUUGUGCACGCGCAGCUCGGGUACAACGCGGACCUGCCCGGAGAUAUACACACAUACACGGCCUACCUAUACAUCGAUAAGAAGCAGAUCGUGGGCUGUGCCAUCGUCCAGCCCAAGACCAGGGCCUUCAAGCUCAUACCCGGGGACCCUGACUGCUGCACAGUGGAGGACUACCCCGUCAAAUGCGGCAUUUCCCGCAUCUGGACGCACGCGUCGUACCGGCGGCGCGGCGUGGCGGCGCGCCUGCUGGACUGCGCGCGCGCAUCCGCGCUGCUCGGCGCCGCGCUGCGGCCCGCGGACCUCGCCUUCAGCGCACCCACCGCCGCUGGGAAAGCCCUGGCCACCAAGUACUGCGGCACCGACCAGUUUUAUGUGUACCUCGAUUGA